AAUCUUAACCAUUCAAAACAAUACGACACAUAUUAAGCUGUUUUUGUAGAAUCCAUGAUUUUCCAGAUGGUGUCGCCUCAAAUCCUAUGUUGCCGAAAUGAAAAGGCGCGCUCGUACGCAUGGAUGAUAGAACAUCUAACAAAACGGCGUAUUCUACCCCUCAGAACGACCUCGACAGUCGACGCUCUGUGUGUUUGUGUGUGUUAAAGGUGGAACCAGAGAGGGAAAGUGGUGAUCGGCUGCGACGAGAGCUCAAGCAACCAUGGAAAAUAGCAGAAGAAAAAUAGGACGCACCCAAAUCAGUACCAGCAAAGAAUCACAGGAAGAGAGCCAAGAACCAAAAGGAUGCGCACCAACAAGUGACUGUGGGACUACUUUACAAGACCUGCCAUCCCAACUCAUCAUGGAAAUUCUCUCAUGGCUCCCCAUGAAGACCAUCUUCAGUUGCAAGUGCGUCUGCAAACUGUGGCAGGGCCUACUUUUGGAUCCUCAUCUAAUUAAUUUGCAUCUGUCAAGAGCACCCAUUAGCCUAUUGCUUAGAACCAUUCAGAAGAACAGAAAACCGAGAAUGCUCCACUUGUUUGACCUUCAAGGCAACAAUAUCGAUUGUCGUGGAUCAAGGAUUAAGCUUAAGAAGAAAUCAAAUCUCCCUGACGCUGAAUUUGGUUUUGUAAAUUCCUGUAAUGGGUUGCUUUGCUUGUGUGAACCUGGUAAGAAGGACCCUAUAUACGUGUGUAAUCCAAUAUUAGGUGAGUACAUUACGCUUCCAAAAGUAAAAAAGGACGUUAAAGUAGUUGGUGCUGGGUUUGGUUUUAGUUUAGAGACUAAAGAAUACAAGGUGGUCCAGGUUCUCCGUAUAAUGGGUACUGAUCCCAUUACAAGGGAGAUAUAUGACCAUUAUGAGGCUGAGAUAUAUGUUCUUGGUACGGGUUCAUGGAGAAGCAUAGGAAAGGUUAUGUACAACAUCAAUGCUGGUUUUUAUUUCAACACCUUUGUGAAUGGAGCACUUCAUUGGGAAGUGAUGGAGCAUAAUACUCCUGAUUUUAUACGUGCUUUUGACUUUGGGAGCGAGAAAUUCCGAGCGGUUCCAGCACCUUCUGCAUUUGUUCGAUCCGAGAAAGAGUUUAUUGAUUAUAUGCGUUUUGGCGUAUUGUUAGGCUGUCUUUCUAUAAGUGAUUCUGGAGAGUCUGAUCAUGUUGAUAUAUGGGUGAUGAACGAAUAUGGGAUAAAGGAGUCGUGGACUAAAAACUUUGUCAUUACAAAUUUAGUUUUUGAAAGGCAUCAUUUGGACUAUUAUCAACCAAUAAUGAUUCUUGACAGUGGUGAAAUUUUGAUCUUACUUAAUGAGGGUUCUCUUUUAAGCUAUGAUCCCAGAGAAGAGGUCUUCAACUAUCUUUCUACUUACGGGGUCAGAUCAAAGUUUCAAGCAAUUGCUCAUAUUCCUAGCUUCAUUUCACUAAGGGAUGUUGCAAAGGGAGAAAAUUUGAAGGAAGCUGAUUGGUAGGAAGUAAGAUUCUUUCUUUGAUGGUCCUUCUAUUGUUCUGAGAUAGGAGUACUACCUAGCUUUGAGGAAUCCUUGUGUUGAAUUCCAAAUCUGCCCUGCUUGGCCUGGGGAUUAUGGCAUGUUUCACCACUCUGCCAGUGCAGUCUAUCUGCUUGUGAUUUUCCUCAGUCUAAUUAUUUUGACAUAAUGGUGAUGAAAAAUUAUGAUAUUAAGGGGUCUUCGACUAAAGGGUUUACUCGUUGAAAUUUUAACUGUGGAAAGGAGGCAAUUAGAUUAUUAUGAAAGAAUGAUGAUUGUGGACAGUGGGUAAGUCUUUAUGUCAUUUAAUGAGGAGGUUUUGUAAUCUAUAUUUUCAAAUUCCUAAGGAUUUCUUUAUUACUUAACCAUUGUGGCGGGAUCAGAGUCUGAAGCAAUGUUUUAUAUUCACAGCUUUGUUUCACUUGUUUCCAAGAGAGGAAUUUGAAUAUAUUUAAUCAUGUUAAAAUGUAUAAAUCUAAGCUUCACCUAUUUGCCAAUGACACCUUAUGAAUGGAACAGAAUAUGCAAAAUGACUAGAGCAGCCUAUCUAUUGCUAUUCUCAAGAAUAUUGUUUACUGAGCUAUGUUGUCCAUAACAAUAUCUUGUUCUGGCUUGUAAGAUUUUUAAAAUAUUGCAUUGGGUAAUUAUUAAAUGUUCUUGUGCAUCCUUCAUCUCCUUCAAUUAGCCGA